AUGUGGCCUGGGCCCAAAGACGUGAAGAACUCUGGGAUGGUUACUCCCAAAAGAACCAUCUUAUCUGUCAGUGCAAGAAAAAUUAAGGACAAUGCUGCAGAUUGGCAUAAUGUAUUAUCAAAAUGGGAGACUCUCAACAAUACAGGGUUUUCUGUUGCAACCAAAAUAGGAAACAUCAAAAUCACUGCACUUACUGAAGACAAGGUAGAACUAGAAUGCAACAGCAUUGCUUCUGGCUUUCAUUCUCAAAAGGUACAUCCAAAAUACAUUCAGAAACUUGAGAUGUUAUGCAAGGAACUUCAUAAAACCUUGGAAAACUUGGCUAAGUUACAGGCGAAAAUGGAAAAGUCAACAUCAACCACUAAAGAAAUAUGUAACCUAGAAAAUUACCACAGUGGAAAUGGAAAUUGUCAAACACCCCUUUUCCAUACAUGGCCCACAACCUACUUCUAUGAAGUUUCCCUUAAGCUUUCAGAAAUGUACAAGAAGGAAAUACUCUUCAAAUGCAUCAUUGUUGAAGAGCUCACCCAUGCCAAGAACCAGAAUCUCAUUUUAAGCUAUUUAUCUAUGUGGUUGUAUCAGCCCUAUGCUGAGAACAGCAGGCUUGAUGUGGAAAGCAUGCUACUUGAAACUGGACAUCAAGCAUUAUAA